GCCCGGUACUGGCAGCCACGCCCCUCCGGUGUAGCGCUUGCUGCAGGUGAGCGGCUGCUCCGCGGAGUAACCUGAGAGACAGGCGCCGCUCCCCGGGGCCCGGGCGGAGGCCAGUGCCAGAGCUGCCCAGGUCAGAUGUUAUAUGUCACCCGGGGGGAGGAGGAGGAUGGCUGCCGGGUCACUGACAGCUCUGCCCGGGCAUCAUCAUCACCCUUCAGUGACCCGCCCCCCUGCCAUUGUGCCCAUCAUCUCCCCAACCUGUAUGGCUCCCUCUGCAUGCUGUACCAGACCCUCAUUCAUACAGUCAUGUGUAUAGGGAGGCAUAGAAGGAAGAGACCGCUCAGGGGAGUGAUGAUGAACCAUUAUCAUUCAUUUAAGUCCCUCGAAUGUACGAUGGUGAAGCCAGGAGUCCUGGUGAAGAUUGAGGAGGAAGAGCUGUACGAUCCUCAGAGUGAUGGAAGCCCAGAGACCAACACAGGAUAUGCCGGUAUGAAGCCUAGGGUUAGAUCUGAACGUGAAGAAGAGCUGUUUAUACAGGGCGACCUGCAGUCUGAGGAUGGGGAGAGUCUCCCUGAAAACUGCACAGGUUACGCAAUGGCGAAUCACGACGUUGUGAUAAAGACUGAGGAAGACGAUGAAGAGUCGUAUAUGAGGAAUGGCGAGAUGUUUGAGGAUGAGGAAAGUCCUGAGACCAGUACAGGGCGUAGUAUAAAUCCAGAAAUCCUGGUGAAGAUUGAAGAAGACGGCCGGACGUACGUAAUGGGUGAUCACCACUUUGAGGAGAGGUACAGCUCUCCGGAUGCUAGCCCAGAUUAUGUUCUAGUGAAGGUUAAAGAAGAAGAGGAGGAGGAAGAGGAAGGGUGUUACGGGAUGGACUUCCAGCCUCAUGCAAUGAAAAUGAUUCGUCCUCACACCAGCUCAGGAAAAUACGGGAGGGUCCACAGGAUGUCUUCCAAAAUGGUCAUCGACAUUGAUCAGUUGAUUCAUAUGGUGCAAGACCGUCCGGAGCUGUACGACCCCAAAGUGCCUUCCUACGCCGAUAGGUACAAGAAGAGGAAAGCCUGGGAGGAGAUCUGCUCGGCGGUGGUCCCGGACUGGGAGCUGUGCAGCGAAAAGGAGAAAAAUAUCAAAGCCAAAGAAAUUCAGACACGAUGGCGAUCCCUUAAAGACUGCUUCCGGAGGGAGCUCACUUUACAGAAGAAACUGGAGAAAAGUGGAAUUCCGACCAGUCGCAGGAGGAAAUACGUUCACUACGACGGUCUUCUGUUCUUAGAACCUACUAUGAAGCUGCGAGACAUCAAGGACCCGGUUGAAAUUUUACAGCCAAUCGAUGUAGAACAAGUAGCCAGCCCCACCCAACCACCACCGCCGCCGCCUCCUCUGCCUCCACCACCUCCGCCGCCUCCUCCUCCUGCAUCCACACCAGCUCCAACUCCGGCAGCACCAAAACGCAAUAAGAAGAAAGCUGCGAAUACAUCCGAAUCCGAGUGGGAAAAACACCUAUUAAGCGUCAUGAACACUCUUAAAAAGAAGACGGAGCAAAAAUCGGAUCCGGAUGAGAUCUUUCUGAGGAGCCUGCUGCCCUUCGUCAAAAAAGUUCCGGAACACCAGAAAAUAGAUAUGCAGCUGAGCAUGAUGCAUGUGGUGAAAAAGUUUAUGGGACCGGUACAACCGGCGGCAAAAACAUCCACGUGGAAAAGUGUUAACUCUGCCAACAUUCCACGACAUCAUCCGUCUUCUGAACAGACUCCAUUCACACCCUCCCAGAGGCACAGCUACCUGCGCCCCACGUCGCCACAACCCUCCUUCCCGGCGUUUGACCCCUCUUACAAGCCCACAUCCUCUCACCCACAGCCACCACCAUUUCCGUACCCUCAGGAACAAGAGUUCUUGCAAGGUCAACAGCCUUAUUCAUCUCCGUCCUCUUCCUCGUCCUCCAUAAACCCUUCCCCACAAACCCAUAGAGACUCCUCAUACUACUUUGAUUUGUAGUAAAUGAAUUGUUGUGUUGGAAA